AUGGCCUUCUUCCAAGGCCCUAAGUGGCACCUUCUGAGUCUUUUGUUCGCAUUCCUUGCCCUGCAGGUAUUGUCCCAGUCCGUUUCUGGAACAGAGUGCGACAGUAAAAAAUGUUCUGGCGCUUCAAGUAAGCAACGUUAUGUUGGAUAUUAUGCUACGCGGCAUCUUGAAGAUCAGAGCUGUGAUACAUUUGAGCCAUCGGAUAUCAACGUUGAACCUUUCACCCACAUCUACCUUGAGAAUAUUCAUAUUGGAUAUACCCGAGAUGCUAUUGCUGCACCCUUUGACGACAUUGAUCGCAGGCGCUGGAGAGAUCUUGUCAAUCUGAAGAUCAGAAAGCCAUCCCUCAAAAUCUAUGUAUCCAUUACACCGUAUGCGAUUGAUUCGGGUAAACCAAACCCUUCAUUAUCAGACAUGGUUCGCUCUGUAGAGAACCGGACGGAGGUCAUUGACUCCAUUGUUAAACUUCUGGGCGAGUUCAAGUUCGACGGUCUCAAUUUUCACUACGUAUGGCGGGACCUAUGGCAAGGUGAGCCUCAGAACUCCGUCACUUUCCUGAAGGAACUUCGCGGUCUCAAGAAUAUCGACCUGGCGGGAAUGGCUGAGCAUCUUGAACAUCUCAGCUUCAUUUCAUCGGAUUGGCCCGGAGAUGCCGUGUGCAAGGAAGAGGAGAGAUGGCCUGAACAUGGAGACAGCUUGAAUAUCGGCCGUAGCGUCAGACUGCUCCGGGAGGCCAAUAUUGAUCCUAAGAAACUUUCACCCAUUUUGGAUUUGGGAGGUCGAGAAUGGAAACUUCAAGAUCCGAAGUGCAACACUCCCGGAUGCCCGAUGACAAUGCGCGCGUCGCGUGGAAAGGUCACGUUCGAGAGUGCCAAAAGUUUGAAGCAAAAAGCUGAUAUUGCCAACGAGAAUUGCCUUGGGGGCCUUGCUGUUGAGAUGGUAUUCACGGGUGGACCGGCAACUUUGGCGAAUCCGAAUGAUCUAGAUCCGUCUGAUACAAGCAUGAUAGGUGCGCCCCCGACAAAUCGAUCCAGAGAUCUUGUCGAUGCCAAUGCACACCUUACCGAAACGGACACGCCCUCCACCACGAGCACACAGAGCGCCAGUUUGAGUAGCGAAACAAGUACCUCUGACUCUGACACUAAGGGCAGCACGAAGGGUUUAUCCUGCCAUCCUGCGAUCGGUAGUGUUCACGUUCCGAUUGCUCAGCUGGAUUGUGAUUCUAACACUACUUCAACUGCUUCUCACAACCCUGAUGCACCAGUUAAUGUGGAAGAAAGUGUCCCUAGCCCUUCUCUCGCUGCUCCCCAUGAAGCCGGAACAUCUGAUGAACCUAAUCCAAUGGGCCCUAAGCCUACUCUUACUCUUGCCCACCGGAUUGGCACUCCAACUGAUACCACCGAGAAAAGCCAAUGAUGAGGGUAUCACGCCUGGCGAGCCCGGCAAUGUUCCUUGAAGUCCCACCGGCAUAUGGUAUCGCCACCCAUG